AUGGCUACCGUCAAACAGUUCGGCCUUACCCAGGUCUUCUCCUCCAAAGAGCCCCUCGUCGAUAUCGUCUUCGUGCACGGUCUGAAUGGCAACCCUAAAGACACAUGGACGCAUCGAGACUCGGGCGUCUUCUGGCCUGCAGACCUGCUCCCACCCUUUCUUGAAGCAAAGCGUGUCCGUAUCCUGACUUAUGGCUACAACGCAAAUGUUACGGCUUUCACAGACGGGGCCUCCAAGGAUAAGAUCCAUAAUCAUGCUGAGACCCUCGUUUCCGGGCUGGCUGCUAAUAGGAGUCUUCGAGAAUGUUCCGAACGACCGAUCAUCUUUGUUUGCCAUUCUCUAGGUGGUCUGGUGGUCAAGCGUGCCCUGAUUUACUGCCGAAGCGUCACCAACGAGAAGAUCGAGCAUCUGCGGUCCGUCUACGUCUCGACGUAUGGAAUUCUCUUUCUUGGUACACCGCACAACGGGUCCGACGUUGCCAAAUGGGGGCUGCUGCUGCAGAACAUCUGCGCGGCCGUGCUGCCCAGGAAGUUCAUGGAGUCGUCCCCCCAGCUGAUCGCAGCCCUCAAGACCAACAACGAAACGCUGCAGAACAUCAACAGUCUCUUCGCCGAUAUCAUCAGCCGCUUUCACAUCUACUUCUUCCACGAGACCCGCUCCACGGACCUCAAGGGCAUUCGUGAGAUCAUCGUCGAUGAAAGCUCUGCUGCGCCCUAUCUUGACGGCGUUGAACGCAUGGGCAUCGAGGCUGACCAUAGCCAUAUGUGCAAGUUCCAAGAUGAAAAUGCACCGGGCUUCGAGGCCGUCGCUGAGGCCUUGCUGCGGUAUUCGCGCGAAGCUCCCGCUAGGAUCUCUGAGCGCUGGGUGGAUGAGAGGAAGGUCCGUCUCCUCGAGAGGCAGAGCAAGGCAAAUGAAGUUUUCACUGGUUACCUAGAUGGGGCGGCUGCUCCAAGAGGUUCAGAGAUAGGAUUGUCCGGUAGGAUAUCUCCUCCCCCCGAGCAUGUUCGUAUGAUCACCGUGAAGGACUAUGAAAUCGAGGAACCGGCCGAACGUCCCCUGCCUCCUGCCUUGCAAAUCUCUGAUAGAACCGCCUCCAACUCGCCUAACCUGGAAUUGAUAGGCAUUAGCAAGGCCCCCUCUGGUCCUCCAAACUUCAUUGUCGUCGCUCCUCCUGGAUUCCAUCCCAACAAAGACUUCUUCGGUAUGGAAAAAGAGUUGGCCAAGUUAACAGAGCGGCUUCUAGACAAUCCAAAGCGAGCGGACCGUAUUUUGACCGCUGUGAUCUGUGGCGUUGCCGGUGCUGGGAAAAGCCAUCUUGCCCGGCAAUUCGCGUGGCGCUUUCAUGCGGAAUAUCCGGGAGGCCUCUUUUGGGUUGAUUCCAAAUCCUGGGAGUCGAUCUACAAGAGCUUCUGGGACAUUGCGCAGGCGGGCGCGGCGGACAAGGCCAAAGAGUUCGAUGACCCCAGCUGGAGGGCCCCUACCAAGUUUGUCGAUGCGGUGCGCAAUUGGUUGCAAUCUAGGGAGUACUGGCUGCUCAUCUUUGACGGCAUCACCUUCAACAACGAUGAAGACCUGAACCACAUCCGGCGAUUUCUUCCUUUCAAUAAGAACUGUACCAUCAUCUAUACAUCGGUGGACAUCACCCUUCAAAAAAAGCACCGACUCUUUGAGCCGUAUAUCAUCCGGGUCCAACCCUUGGAGUCGAAAAGGGCCCGCGAGAUGCUCUUCAAGCAUCUUGGGAUCAAGGGCGCGACUCCUGACCAGAUAAGCAAGGCUACGGACUUGGUAAAACACUACGAGUGCCUCCCUCUGGCCAUCCGUGCCAUUGCCCACCGUUUGAACGCAACAGCAAAGCCCAUCGAACGGUACGGGAUCAACUCCCAUCUGACGGAUGAGAAGCUAGCCGAGCCCUACUUGGGGAUCAUGCACGAUCUCUACCGCAUGCGUCACUUUGAAGCGCUGAACCUGAUCAACCUGCUGUCCUUCUUUGGGCACUAUGUACCGACCGCACUGAUCACCCUGGGUAAAAUGGCCCUUGAGGCCUGGAAUGUCCCUGUUUUCAAGAGCAGCCGGCCAGGUGAGCCCGGCGAUAUUGACACUACACUGGGAGUUUUGAUCCGAUAUGGGCUUUUGCUGAGACUCAAUAACAAUGACGUGUACAACAAGGGCAGCUUCUCUUCCAAGGGUACUUCACAGCGAUCCGACGGGGAAGAUGCCAUGGCUCCCAAAUCCAGCGAGUCGUGGGAGAUGUCGGACUCGUUCACGGGAGAAAGCAGCCCUGAGACGUCGUUCUCUUCCCAAGUCCAGGGCCAGAACAAGGACUCGGGAUCGAACGCCGUCGAUGUGCUGAGGCUGCACAGUGUCGUUCAGCGGUUUUGCAGAGAUGAGCUCACGAUCAUGGAUGAGGAACGCAGGCUCAAGGGGUUUGUCCCGGAAGCAAACGAGAUGGGGUUUUAUGACUCCUGGAUCGUCGUGGCCACAAAGGUUGUCCGCCAGUCGUAUGAGAACGCCCGGGAGCGAAUCGACUACUACCAAGACUGUGGACUGGUGACCGACUUUCGCGAGUACGAGACCCAGGCUUCGCAUAUCCUCGAGCUGUUCCCUAAGCGAAUGGCCUUGAAAUCGACAAGUGUGCGCGAUGCGCGAGCCGACUUGAGACAACUCCUGAGAAGUGUCGCAGUCCAGAUCAAUCACAUGUCACCGAGUGACAGCCCCGAAGCGGCUCGGACCCAGAAAUCCGUCUUUGAUCGUUCAAGCAGCUCGUCCUCGUCUCUGCCCGAGUCGUCAACGGAUGAGGGCCCCUCGCGACAAUUGACUCUGGACUGGACCGACCAGGCAUCGCCCACGGUGGAAUCGCCAGACGAUAUCUCUCUGCCUCCGCAUCAGUUCAAUUUCGGUCCGUUCCCGCCGCAUAUCUACCGAGUGUCUCGGCACCGUUUGGCACACGAAAUGGGCUACGAAUCUGAUAGAGAAGGCCGCGGCCGCAGCCGUCGGCGUGCUCACCGCACCUUUUCUAUCGUAUCCAACACCAGCCAGGAUACUGCUAGAAUGAGAAAGGUUUCAUCUGUACCGUCUAGCCCUCCGAAUGGGCGGGUCGGAAGGCCAACCAGGGCUAGAAUUGUCCGGGCCAGAAGCUCCAAACAACGGAUCCGAUUCCCCCAUCAAAUUGGCAAAACCGUGCCUUCUCUGGUGAAGCUCUCUUCCAUUGAAGGCGAGGGUAGAUCCAGCCGUUCAAGAGAUACGGAGGAUACGAAACGGCCGUUAUCGGUGACAUCUGAGGCAGAAAAGGCACUGGCGGCCGUUCAGCUGGCCAGCUCGCCUCGCUCUGGCGGAGAGAGUCACCAUCUCGUCCAACCUGCCAUGCCCGAGAUCUCGCCAUUAUCAAACCCAUCUACUCCACCUGGUGGUCCGCACAGACUCCCCGUUCCUCUCGGUCUACAGAAUCAAUCGUCUGCCGAGUCGUUGCAACCUCGAGGCAGCAAUCUCCAACCGUCCUCCACCCUGGGGGGACCUGAGUUCAAGCAAGACCUGAUGAUGCAGUCCACGUACAGUGAGCCCGGGCACGAGUCUGCGAACCGUGAUGCCACCAGCCACCAGUAUGCUGCCGCUCCCUUGGCUGCGAGGACGGCACCCUCUUCACAGAAUCACACCCGUCAUCCUUCGGCUGUGCGGCCCUUCCAAGCGCAAGACAUGUCUGCGAGCAUGCCGUGCGUCAGAACCAUCGUGUCGCCUCUUCCUUAUGAAGAAAACAUCACCGUCACGCGGUCCCGGCACCCGAGUUCUACUGGCCCUUCUCCACUGUCCGCUAUCCGUCGGCCCGCAUCCUCGCCUAUGAAUCCAGAGGCCCACCCGUCCGCGAUCAUGCCCGGUACAUCACCCCCCUCGAUCGAGUACGAGCGGGCAAAGACCCAUGUCUCUGACCCAAUGGGAGAGCCCAUGUCCAGAGACGCUUCGGGACGAUCUCGUGCUUCCUGGUCGACCGAGCCGGUCCGGUACCGCGCUUCGCCUGUGCUUUCGAACAGCCAAGUGUUUCCCGGCGUUUCCCAGGUUGCACCUCAGCACCAAGCGAUCUCCGGCACUGGCAGCUGGAUCGGGGAUGUACACUUUGCCCGUGCUCUGCAAGCGGAGAGUCUUUACGCUGCGGGACCGCCGCAUCCAGCCCCAGCCCCAGCACUAGGGCCUUCUGUCGAUUCACGUUUCCUGGCGUACGACUACCGAUUCGAGGCUGAAUUGGCCGCCGCGUAUCAUCCGGCCCACCUGCACAACCCUCGACUCAUGCCAUACUCCUAUCCCUCUGAGGCUAUCCCGCACGAGACAAUCCUCGCCAUGCAGAACAGCUAUGUCCCCCAACAGAACGACUACGCCUCCGUGCAGAAUGACUUCGUCUCUGUGCAGAAUGACUACGGUCUCAGGCCCCGGAGUGGGAGCUCACCCCCUCGACCUGAUUACCACGGGCUUGGUAUGCGGUUGCCAUAA